GGGAAGAAGAGUCAGGAAGUUCUACAUUUGUCUAAUAUUUAUCCCUCAAACGACAAUAAUAAAACAGAUUAUCCAGUCAAUUGUUCCAUCUGCAGUCCUCCAGAGGUGUGUCACAACAAGUCUGAACAGAAAAUAACUGCAUGGAAAAGCAGGAAGUUACAGAGAGAACCAUUAUGAAAAACUAGCUCCGAACUAUUGAGCUGUGCAGUGUCCAAGUCUGAGCACCAGAAUUUGGGAAGAUGUGAGGCCGUUGGAGAAGGUACAGAGAGCGUCCGUGGACGAAAAGAAAAGCAGGAUGCUAUUCAGAUGCAGAGAGAUUGCAGAACUUAGUUGGACAGAAGAUGAAAUACAGAAAGGUGCAGCCAGUGACUAGGAAAGGUGACGAGAACUGCUUGCAGUAUUCCAGAAGAGGCUUUACCAAUGUGCUGAACAACUUCAACGUGACAUCCCAACUCCUACACCCAAAGGUCUGACCAAUGAAAGCAAGUGCUAAAUGCCCUGUCUACCUGUGAUGAAGAUUUCAAAGAAUUAUGGACCUGAACUACUAGAUCUCUCUGUUUUACAACACUGUCCAGGGCCCUACCAUUAAUAGUAUGGUCUUGAAACGUCAUGUCCAAUAAAUUAUAUGUUUUGAUGAUCCAUCACUAUUCUUAUGCACCUAAACAUCACAACAGUAUUAUAUGUCAGCAGAGUCUGAGCAGCCGAAGUAAAUGGAGCCAGUGUACGGUUUUGUGAGCUAGUCGUUUUUGGCAGAGGCGUCUAUACGAAGCACAUGUCAGGAGAAAUACGAGGAGGGAAAUGUCUACUGAAACAUCUGGAGCUGUUGGGCUCCACCCUUCAAUCCUCACCAGAACAGAGCAAGGCAAAUCAAUGAGGUUCUGACUGAAUAUUUUCAGAAAGGCUCACUCUGUACUUCAGGAACUGAGCAUUUGCUGCACCUCUCAACAGAGUACAGGACGUUCCUGGUCAUCUAAACUAGACGUUUACUUGAAGGUGAGCGCCAGUCUGCCAACUCCACGGUCCCUGGGCAGCGACGAUGAGCUGAUGGUGUACAAUGGAGCUGAAGGUAUGGGUGGAUGGAGUCCAGCGUAUCGUGUGUGGGGUGACGGAGGUCACGACCUGCCAAGAGGUCGUCAUUGCCCUAGCUCAAGCCAUAGGAAGAACUGGCCGCUACACGCUCAUCGAGAAAUGGAGGGAGACAGAGCGGCACCUAGCGCCACAUGACAACCCGCUCACUGCCCUGAAUAAAUGGGGUCAGUACGCCAGUGAUGUGCAGCUGAUAUUACGACGCACUGGCCCUUCGCUGAGUGAGCGACCCACAUCAGACAGCUCUGGCCGGGGACCGGAGAGAACUCUGUAUCGGCAGAGCCUUCCCCCGCUGGCUAAGUUACGCCCCCAAUAUGACGGAUCGUUAAAAAGGAAAGAACCGAAAAGGAAGUCAUUGACUUUCACGGCGGGCCCCAAAGGGUAUGUCGACGUUUUCGGAAAGGGCAAGGACCAAGCUCUGGCCUCCAGAGGCCCGGUCAAAGAGUUGAAGAGGCUCGUUCUCCUACAAAGGGACAAGCUCCACACUCUUCAGAGCCAACUGGAAUCCAAUCAGCUGGAGACGAGGUACUGGGAAGGCAAGGCCAAUCCCAGGAUCGACGAGGAAAUUCUGAGACUGGGCCAAAGGAUCAAAAAGAAUGAAAUCGAGAUCGAGGAGGAGGAGUUCUGGGAGAACGAGUGGCAGAUUGAGCAGGAGAACGAAAGCCAGCUGAAGGAGCAGCUGAAAGAGGUGAAGCAGAGGAUCAGGGACUGUGAGGAGAAGCUAAAGGACUACACGCAGAAAAUUCAGGAGAUGGAGAGUGGCAUUGAAGCAGAGAAGUUGGAGCAGGAGCUGUGUGGGGCUCGUGUCAAUGAGGACGAAGUCACGGAGAACCUGAUCAAAGUCCGAAACGAUAUCGAGCUCAAGUGCCAGCAGAGUGCGAGGCUGAAGAACAGCCUGAGAGCUGUGGAAAGGACUUUGGGACAAGCCAAUAAAAAGUUCCAGGAGAGAGAACUCGAGCUGGAGCAGCUAACCAAGGAGCUAAGGCAAGUGAACCUCCAACAAUUCAUCCAGCAGACAGGAACAAAGGUCUCCGUACUGCCUGCUGAACCGACUGAUGACAAACUGCCUGCAUCGCAAGAGCAAGGAACACUGACCUCGACUGCUUCACUCAAGUGGCCCAGUCCCGCCAGGCAGCUUCCCAGCAAUUUGAGACUUCUGCAAAACCCUCUGAUUUCAGGCUUUAAUCCAGAGGGUAUCUAUGUGUAACUAGAUAUACCUCCCACUGGGGAAACCAUCUGGAGUGGCUCAAAGGGAUCUUCCCACCCCCUUGCUUCCUGCAAGAGAGUGACCAAUAAGCACUUGAUGCAAUGACUUUGUCAAUCCUGUGUGCCUUGUGCAGUGGCUGCCCGCAUGCCAAAGGUCAGACCAUGGAACCACCGAGAGAGGGGAGGGAGAGAGAUUUGCAAAUACAGCAGUCGCUGGACAAGGAACAGCCAGCAUUUCUGUGCAAAAUUAAUGUAAUUUUGUAUAAACCCUCCAUGAGCAGUCACAACAGGGCUGCUUCCAAAGGCGCGCUGGUUCGAGUUUUGAUUCAAGGUUGCAAAAUAUCAAAAGAUGGAGAUUCGGAAACGCCAGACAAGGCACACUGCAGGAUCCGUGAAUCUGCCAGAUUCAAAACUUACAGUUCAAAAUCACCCAACACCAGGUUAUAGACCAACAGCUUUAUUUGGAAGCACUGCUCCUUCAUUGGGUGGUUGUGGAGGUUUGUUUAAAAUCUUGGUUCGUUUGGUUUGGUUUGGCUUGUGCCCGAAACGUCGAAUUUCCUGCUCCUUGGAUGCUGCCUGACCUGCUGCGCUUUAACCAGCAACACAUUUUCAGCUCUGAUCUCCAGCAUCUGCAGACCUCACUUUUUACUCGUUUGGUUUCUAACCCGGGACUCUCCAGCUCAUGUGAGGAAGUCACUCAGAAUGUAAAGGUUAAAACUUUCCUGUCUGUGUUCGCAAACUGGACCUGAUUUCUUUCUCCCUGAGCUCCACGUGUGUGCAUUACAGAAAAAAAGAAAAUUAUUGGGUUUGUCAUCUGGGAUGCUUUUAAACUCCAGCUUCCCUCUUGUGUAGUCAGUUGUUCCUGUGAAAUGUGUUUUUAAAGAAGGAAUUUCAAAAAAAUGAAAUAUUAACCCGAGUUCCGAAAUACCAACUAAAAUUGCUGGGUUUUGAAUGUGUGGCUUGCAUUCUGCGUCAUUUGGCUCCCUCGGGCUGAUUGCUGUAGUUGUGCUGGGAUGGUUUUCACACACACACCGCCUUUGCCUCAUCCAGCCCCCUCACAAGGAGGCCCUUCUGUAGACAGUGGGAAUUAGUUUGUGUCAAAGUCACUGUGUGAACUCUCAGCAAGCCCAUUAAAGCUGUCUGUGGAAAGCCCAGCUUGUCAUGUUUGCAAAGUUCGGUAAACAAGUCAGGCGCCCACAGACCGUGCUGGUUAACAAACAUUGACACAGAACAAAAAGAAAUCCAUAUUUGAUGGAUCUCCAGCAGGAUGUGGCUGGCGAAUUUCAGGGAAUUGAGGCGAAGGAGAUUUGCCCGAUUCCUGCUGUAUUAUGUGUAAUAAACAAAUAUUAAGAUGGUAUUUUUGGCUACACUUCAGUAUAUAUUGGUAUGUAUAAUUAAUAUAAGAAUCUCUUUAAUAAUGUCGCCUUUAUAUUAUGCCAAGUGAUCAAAUGGACAAGUGCACAGACUGAACACAUGAGCUGCUUCCACUGUUUGGGAGGACCAUGCCUUUGGCUGGCAAAACAAUCAUUCUGUAAAUCCUAUUUAUUACGUACUGUUGCUCUGAAUUAUUCGAAAGACUCGUGGCACACCAUAUAGUUUCAAUGGCAAGCAUGCAACUCCUGCUAAAUCAAUGCAAAGUGUUAAUAGUUCAGUAUUAUGAGGUGCAAUGAAAUGUACUGUAAGAUGAUUUUUAUCAUGUUUUCUUGUUUCACUGCUUUAAGUUGUAACAUUUUGAAUAUUAAAUAGCCUUGUGCUGAUAUCCUGCUAAUAUGAAAUGCAGAGAACAAUAAAGUUCACGCUAAUUGGUU